AUGAUUGAAGACAUCCGUGUGGUGCCGGUAUGCGGGCUUUGCACUGCAGUGGCACUUCUGAUAUUCACUUUCGUUGCUGUGCCUAUCUCCUUCAAGUCGAUGGAGCAGGGCAGACAGUCCGUGAUUCUCGAAUGGAUGUCCCAGUCCGUCAGCAGUGAGGUUGUCACCGAGCCUGGCAUAAGCUUUGUUGGAUUCGGGAACUACCUCAUUGAGUUUCCAGCGACCUUCCAGGCAAUGUAUUUCAUCCAGGAUGGUCGAGGAGUGAAUCCUGCUCCUGUCGCUGAGCUCUUUCAGCCUGUGGUAAAGGGGCCUAUUCGUGCUCGCUCUGCAGACGGGUUGGAGAUGCAAAUUUCGGUCUCCCUUCAAUGGAGGUUGAGGCCCAGUGCACUGCGAGACUUGUACAACAUCCUCGGCGAGAACUUGUACAAGGACGAGUUUGUCCGCUUCGCUCGAGCGGGUGUGAUCGAAGCUUGCGCAGAGUUCGCAGCUGAUGAGUACUUCACAAAGCGAGCGGCAAUCACUGCCAGAAUGAGUCAAGUCUUGCAGACAAACUUUGCUAAGCCUGAAUUGGGGCUAAGCCUGGAGAUCACUGGCCUCCAGUUGAGAGAGGUUGACUUGCCAGAUGAGUUUGAUGAUGAAAUCGAGAACACACAGGAGCAGAUGCAAGAGGUGGAGGUUGGCAAAGCAGAGCGGCAGGAGCAGAUCAUCAUUAUGGAGGCUGCAACCGAAGUCGCGCUGCAGAAGGUAGAAGAGCUGCUGAAGGGUGCGCGGGGACAGGCUGCCCGGGUGCAACUCCAAAACGAGGCUACAAUCAAGCAGUUGAUGCUCGUUCAGGAGAAGCAAGCGCAGGCAAACGCUGCUAUUCUGCAGCAGUUUGCGAAUGACACCCAGCCGUUUGAGAGGCUUUUCUCUGUCAUGGAGAUCAGAGCUUUGGAUGAUCAUGCUGGGGACAAGUUGACGGUCAGUUUGUGA